GAUACUGACAAACGAAGAUUGCUCGGUGAAAUGUCAAAUUCAGCAAACAAAAUCAGCUGUCCAAACGGGAUUUACAAACCGCUAGUUGACUUCAUCAGCUUCAUAUUAGAUUCUUUUAACAGUGCAAUGAAAUCAUUGUUCCAUCGAUACUUUGCUACCCUGCAAACAAAUAACAACCAACAGCUUGUUUGCGUCAACUGCGGUAGUUCCGUGUCGGAGCUUUUUAGGAAACUCAGCCCAACGGUGUUGAAAAUUACUGAAUGCAGCAAUUGUAACAACCCAGCCGAUAAGUACAUUGAGUUUGAGGUCUUGAUAAUCCUAAUCGAUCUUAUCUUGUUGACUAAGCCAGCCUACAGACAUAUACUGUACAAUUCGAACUGUAAGAACCUAUGGAAGAUAGGCAUCAUUCUUGUUUUGCUAGAAGCGUACUGCCUUUGGACUGAAGCAUUCAGCCGGUUUACUAACGUAAGGUACCGAUCGGAUCAAACCGAUCCCUUCCUAGCAGAGAAAGGAUUUUACGUUUCAUCUAUACACAUUUUAAUAGGAACGGUUCUGCUAUAUACGUUUCUGUAUUUGCUGACAAAAAUCUUACACCGAAAUAGUGCUGCUUCGGACGAAACUGAUAAAUGCUACCCGAUUAUUUUGCUGCACGGUGUCAUUCUAGCAAGUAUUGACAAAUUUUUCUUCAUUCCUAUCAUUAUCUGGAAACAGAAUGUCUCCGAAUCGAGUAUGGCAAUCCAUAUUUCUCUAGUGGUUGCAUAUUUUGUGAUUUCACUCACUCAGAUUCAUUCGGUAAUCACACGCAAUUGUUCCCGGAAGAAAUCGGCUGUCAUCGUUUUGUUGGCGUUCGUUAUAAAAACUUUCUUUUUAACGCAAAUUAGUGUACUGCUUAAAAGCGUCAUGUAAAA